GAGCAGAAGUGCUGAAGAGAGGGAGGGGGUGAGGUCUGGUUGACAGCAGUGGAAGAGCUGCAGACACACUCUUACUGUACACAGAGGAAAUGGGUCCUCAGCUACACUUCUGCAGCACCUACUCAGAGGAGUUCAGUUACCCAGCUCGGGUCAAACCCACCCGGCCCAGGCCGUCCUCUGCAUGUCGCAGGAACAAUCCUCACCCACGGCCGGACUUCCUGAUGCCAAGAACGCUGCAGACAGGAUAUGGCUCAAGGAAACACUUUCAGUUGGCGGCUCCUUCAACCUCUUUUCUACCUCCGGUCAGACACAUAUCUAUCCAGUAUCCAGACGAGCAGACAGGACAUCAACAGACGAUGCAGAGCUCAUCGCAAGGAGACUCCAAACCACCUGAGGUCUCCUCUGCAGUUUGUACACUGCCACCUGCUGCCUGGCUUCUCAAACCACAACAAACUAACUUUGCUCAUGCAACAAUCACAAACACACAAGGGAAAUAUUCAGACACAGAUCGUAUCAGAUCAGCUUGGAACCAACAGAUGGACAUCAUGCCAUCUUUAAAACCCUUCAAACACCAGGUUACACAUCAUUACAGAAGAUCACGCUCAAAGUCCACUGCUGAUUGCAGUGAAGGACACAGCUGUUUCCAUGUGGUGAAGCCAUAUAAAGUUGGACACUACAUCAUCCACCCAGAGUUUGUUUCCGAAGCAAAGCACUACUAAAAGCCUGCGUUUGUGCAUUUUUUUCCCUCUCUCUUCGUUAAAUGUCAGUUUGAUAAUGUUAUUUUACAGGGUAUUAUUGAGGUACAUUACGUGUUUGGAGAUCCUGGCUGCAUGGUAAAUAUGCUUGGGUGCUUUCAACAUUCAAAUGACUGUAAAAUGUAGGCUAUUUUUGGAUGUUGUGCAU